UUUUAUGAAUUGUUUGGUUCAAUUAAAAUAGCAUUAGCAAAAUAAUUUUUAGAUGCUGAUUGCAAAAUAUAAGUUUUAGUUUUACCGAAUUUCAAAAUAUGUCUGAAACUUCGUGUUACAUUCUUGAUAAUGGAGGUUAUACGGCAAAAGUUGGGUUUUCUACAGCGAAUGAACCCAAAAUUGUACCCAAUUGUAUUAUGAAAGCGAAAUCUGAACGUCGUCGUCCUUUCAUUGCAUCACAAAUAGAUGAAUGUCGAGAUGCAUCUGGGCUUUUUUACAUAUUACCUUUCCAAAAAGGAUUCCUAAUUAAUUGGGAUACACAGAAAACUGUGUGGGAUUUUAUUUUUAGCAAAGAAUGUUGUCCAGUAAAUUUUAGUGAAGCUCCUUUAAUAAUAACAGAACCGUUAUUUAACUUUUCUUCUAUCCAAGAGGCUAUGACGGAAAUAUUCUUUGAAGAAUACGAGUGUCAGUCCUUACUAAGGAUAAAUGCAACUGAUUUGGCUGAAUAUCACUACAGAAAACUUAAUUCUAAUGAGAGUACUGUUGUUGUUGAUUCUGGUUACAGCUUUACUUAUAUAGUGCCAUAUAUAAAAGGGAAGAAAUACAAGGAUGGGAUUAGAAGAAUUGAUGUUGGUGGUAAAGUGUUGACUAAUCAUUUAAAAGAAAUAAUAUCAUAUAGACAGUUGAAUGUUAUGGAUGAGACUUAUGUUAUUAAUCAAGUUAAAGAAGACUCUUGUUUUGUUUCUCAAGAUUUUAUGGCUGAUAUGGAAAUUGCCAAAAAGAGAGGUUCAGAAAACACAAUAGUAAAGGACUAUGUGCUGCCAGAUUACACAACAAUCCGUAGAGGGUAUUUACGUGAUGUUGUCAAACCUGAUGAAGAUUUGGAACAACAAACUCUACGGCUCAACAAUGAAAGAUUUUCCAUACCAGAGUUACUAUUCCAUCCAUCAGAUGUUGGUAUCCCACAAAUGGGUAUACCAGAAGCUAUAAUAGAAGCUAUAGGCGCAUGUCCAGAAGAGAAUAAGGAGAGUUUACUAGAGAACAUAGUUUUAUAUGGAGGAUGUACACUUUUUCCUGGUUUUAGAGAUAGAGUGUAUAAAGAAGUAAGAGCAUUUGCUCUUGAUCAUUACAAUGUCAAUGUGACUCUUGCUGAUAAUCCUCUAACAUAUCCCUGGGAAGGUGGAAAACUUCUAUUCAAAGAUCCUGAAUUUUAUUCCUUCUGCAUGACAAAGGAAGAAUAUGAGGAAGAGGGUAAAUCUUUAGCAUUUGAACGAUUUGAUAUAUAACGGCGUAAGCGAGCUAGAAAAUCUUCGGAGUAGAUACCUAGCUCGGUAAAUUCAAAUGAUGGUUUGUUGGAAUUUGAAAGACUUGUGAGGAAAUAUGGAGACUGCUAUUGAUUUGUGAUAAUGUAUGGGUAUGAAUGAACUUUGAGAUAACAUU